GAGGAAACCCCGCAGCGGAUAUAGCGCUCCCUCCUUCCGGCCGGCCUCCUUUUCGUCCGCAGCUGCCUCCACGCGAACAUGCCGCUCGCGAAGGACCUCCUGCAUCCCUCCCCCGAGGAGGAGAAGCGGAAGCACAAGAAGAAGCGCCUGGUGCAGAGCCCCAACUCCUACUUCAUGGACGUCAAGUGCCCGGGUUGCUACAAAAUCACCACGGUUUUCAGUCACGCCCAGACGGUUGUGUUGUGCGUCGGCUGCUCGACUGUGCUGUGCCAGCCCACUGGUGGAAAGGCGAGGUUGACAGAAGGAUGUUCUUUCCGGCGAAAGCAACAUUAAAUAGUGGACACUUGGCACGGGAUGGGUUUGCGACUACGGGGACAGUUGCCGGUUGCCACCCCGGGUGUUUCCCUGGGGCACCGAUGGAAGUAUAUUAUGCAACGGAGUUGUAAAAGGGGCGGGGGGGCCUGUAGUUACUUUUGAGGGCUUGAGUUGCUGCCAACGGUGGCUGUGGGAUGAGGACGGGGACACACACACACAUCCCUUCCCCCUUUGUGGCUCUGGCACUGUCCUUGUAGCCUUACCCGUUUCAUUCAAUAAACUUUGGAUAUAAAGACAA